AUGUUUCAAACAUGAAAAAGUGUACUUGUUUCUCUUCUGUGGAGUUUCUUUUAUGUGUUACGUGACCUUGUAAAAUAAGACGAAAAAAAUUCGGAACUGUCAUAUUUUCAAUGCGAAAGAAAAGUGACGAAAAAUGAACUCCAUGCAAGAAAUCAAGAAAUAAAAAAAGAUAGCAUUAAUAUUAAUAUGGCAAUAAGAAGAGACAAAUAACCGAGUUACUAGAAUACUAUCAAAAAGUAUUAUAUCGAUCUCAUCUGUAUGAUAUCAUCAGUGACGUCUCCCGCGCUCUCAAAUUGUAUCACUUCAGUCACUCGUUAACUGCCGAUGUAAAACGACGUAAUUUCUGCAGAACUGGCAUUAAGACAAGGCAACAAUGUCGAAUAUUAUUAUUAAUAUUGAGUAUUUGAAAAGUUGGAAUGGAAUUUUUAAGAUUCUACAAUUGGUACUGGGUAUGGUUUGUGUAGGAAUCAUUGGUAACGAGUUUAAUAACGGAAUUUUAAUCUCAUACACUCCACAAUGUUUCUUUCUCGUCACAACAUCUACUUUCUUUAUUGGCACUUUUAUUCUCUUUGCCAGUUAUCUAAUGUCUCCCUCCGCUACAUCUAUGAUACCUAAAACAAUUUAUGAAUUCUUUUAUCAUACAGUUGCGUCAAUAUUAUUACUUGCAGCUUCAAUAGCAACAAUGGUGCAGAUAAAUAGAGAUAGUGCUUAUAUUAACUAUGCGGCGUUAUUAGCAGCUUCCAUUUGCGGUCUGCUAAACACCAUUUUAUAUAUCUGCAGUGCGGUCAUGGGCUAUAGCACUUAUGGAGAUGAUUAAAAAAUUACAAUAUGUUAAACGUUUGUGAUUUUUUAAACAGUAAAAAUGGAUUAUUCUAA